AACAGUACAAAGAAGACAAAGAUCGUCGGUCACAGAAGAAACAAACACCCCACGCCCGCUUUAUUCCCUCUUUUCUCUCUAUUCAAGAGCUUGAGCCCGGGUGCGUGGGUGGUGGUUCCACUGUACCUCCUCCCUCCAUUGACUCAAAACUGAAUGCCUCUUUCUAAAUUCUAACAGCUUUUAUUUAUUUAUUUAUUUUUCUAUUGCUCGGCGCUACUUUCUUCUUCUUCUUCUUCUUCUUCUUCAUCUUUCUUCUUCUUGUGUCAACACGGCUCCAUCUCCUCUUACGCGUAUUGAUUACAAGGAACAUCUGUCAAAAGGAGGAGAGGAGAGAUAUCUAUAUGGCAGUAUAAUCUAUAAUCUUCGUUCUAAUAUAGGAAUCCUCGCCACUGAUUAUUACAUCUGUUCAUGUCCAGGCCGCCCAAUUCUUCAAUUUUAAGAUCUUAUAAGGGAUGGUAACUGGAGGGAAUCAACAAGAAGAUGGGGAGAAGAACCCAACAGGCAUGUCGAGAGGAGGUGUAACAAGGUCGUGGGGGACGACAUUUUCGGGACAAUCCGUCUCGACAAGUGGGAGUGCGGGGUCCCCGUCAAGCCGGAGCGAGCCGGCUAUGGCGACUCCUGCCAGUGAGAGCACUUUUAGUAGAUUGAAUCACCUUGAUAUUCAUGGAGAUGACGCUGGAUCUCAAGGAGCCGUUAUUGGAAGGAAGAAGAAAAGGGGUCAAAGGGCAGUUGGAGGUGAUAAGAGUGGAAGAGGUCUCCGCCAGUUCAGUAUGAAAGUCUGUGAGAAAGUAGAAAGCAAGGGAAGAACCACUUACAAUGAGGUUGCAGAUGAACUUGUAGCAGAAUUUGCAGAUCCUAACAACAGUCUUGCAUCUCCAGACCAGCAACAAUAUGAUGAAAAAAAUAUACGAAGGAGGGUAUAUGAUGCCCUGAAUGUUCUCAUGGCAAUGGAUAUUAUAUCAAAGGAUAAAAAGGAGAUACAAUGGAAAGGUCUGCCUCGCACUAGCCUAAAUGACAUUGAAGAGUUAAAGGCUGAACGUGUUGGACUGAGAACCAGGAUAGAAAAGAAAGCCGCCUAUUUGCAAGAACUUGAGGAUCAAUUCAUAGGUCUUCAAAACCUGAUUCAACGGAAUGAGCAAUUGUACAACUCAGGAAAUACUCCUACAGGCGGUGUAGCUUUGCCUUUUAUUCUGGUUCAGACACGUCCACAUGCAACUGUCGAGGUGGAAAUAUCAGAAGACAUGCAAUUGGUGCAUUUUGACUUCAAUAGCACACCUUUUGAGCUACAUGAUGAUUUUUAUGUCCUCAAGGCAAUGAAAUUUUGUGAAAGACCACAGGGGGAUGAUGGUGCAGAUGACUCUACUGCAAACGGAGGCGAGGGUUCGAGCAUGCUUGGCAUGUAUCAAGCCCACAUACCACAUCCCACAAGGUCAAAUGCUGCUGGUAGGCCUCUCACCUCGCCCCCUCUUCCAGGAAUACUAAAAGCGCGUGUCAAACAUGAACAAUAAUCUUUAUAUUUCAAGUUUAAUCAUCUUACCAUGGGCAAUCAUCUCUCCUUUCCUUUCCUGUAUAGUGUGUAAAGUAAUUGGCUGAAAGGGGUGGAGCCUUCGUGGCCCAUGCCGCUUCAAUGGAUUGCUUAACCAGUAUUAAGUUUUGAAGGAAACAAGCAAACCAUUCCCAUGUUCUUCGAGACCUCUCUGGGGGCUCCAAUCGAGCAGUAUUCUGAUCUAGAAAUCCAUGAUUCACCUAAUGUAACUUUCCAAUCAUAUAUUCGUAAAUUCUUUUUGCAGUUUUUCCUGAUGUAAUUGUAGAAACAAUUUGAGGAACAAGCUACUGUAUCAGAGCAUGAAUUCGAGUCCCUCGAUAAAUCUCAGGCACUCGAUAAACAAUUGUAGAAACAAUGCAUCAAUGCCCACCAUGACCACUGCUUUCAUGUCCA